AUGGGGUGUGGGAUGGCAGCCUGUCUGCACCGGGGCUGGCAGCUGCCCCUGCUCCCUGCCAUCCUGCUCAGCCUCCACAGCCACCCAUCGGCCCCCGAGCAGGUGACACCCCAAGAUGCUGCACUGCUGGCUGGGGUGCCUGAGGACAUUCUCUGCUUCUCCCGCUCCUUUGAGGACCUCACCUGCUUCUGGGAUGAGGAGGAUGCAGUGAGUGGGACAUGCCACUUCUACUACUGGGAUGUGCCCACAGCAUGCACAGUUUCCACGUGGCACCAGGGGGCCAGCAGGACUCGGCACGUUUGCGUCUUCCCCAGCCAGGAUGUGCGGCUCUUCACCCAACUCCACCUCCAUGUCCUGGAUGCCACCACCAACCAGACCAAGUACUUGCGGGAACUCAGUGUGGAUGCAGUGGGUCUCAUUGCCCCCCCGGCAAACAUCACAGCCCGCUGGGCAGGGGCGGGGGGGUGUGCCCGCCUGUGGGUUGCGGGCCGCCCGCCACUCGCCGACUACAUGAACUUCUUCCUCUACAAGGUACGGUGCUGCCCUGCUGGCUCCUCAGAGAUGCCCUGCAGCACCACGCUGGAUCCCAGUGGGCUGCGCCCCGGGGAUCCCUCCAGCCUUCUGGCCAUCAGCACUCACAUGCCCACGGCUGGGGCAGCUGCCAUCUCCCCAGGAGUGGAGCAGGGUCUGGUCCAGGCCAACACCUGGGUGGUCCUCAGGGACCUGCAGCCAGGUGUGAGGUACCACAUCCAAGUACGCAGCAAGCCCGAUGGCACCUCUUUGGAUGGUGUCUGGGGGCCCUGGUCACAGGCAGUGUCUGCAGAGACACCCCGCUCCUCCGGAGACAUCGGGCUGAGCUGCAGCACCCCUGACCUGCAGCACGUGCGCUGUGAGUGGAGCUGGGAAGCCACAGAGCCAGGCAGCUCCCACCAGCUCUUCUACCGGCCACCUCCGAGUGGGGCCAGCCUGAGGAAAGAUGAAUGGCAGCAGUGCGAGGAAGUGAGUGAGGGGGUUCAGGGCACCCACACCUGCACCUUCCAGCCCAGGGCUGGCAGCGCCAUCUCCGUCCUGGUAAACAUCACCCAACCUCAUGUGCCACCCACUCUCAGCUACUUCAAGGAACCCUUCUGGCUGCACCAGGCCGUGCUCACAGAUGCCCCACAGCUGGUGCAGGCAACAGUGUCACAGGGCCAGCUGAGCCUGCAGUGGCUGCCACCCCUGGAGGUGCUGGCGGAACAGCUGGACUACCAGGUCCGUUACGCUGUGGAAAACAGCAAUGAGUGGAAGGUCUUGCAAGUCCCUCGGGCAGCCAGGAAAGAAGUCCUGGACCUACAGCCAGGCGCCCGCUACCACGCCCAGGUGCGGGCUCAGCCCAGCGGACCGUGGUACCAGGGCAGCUGGAGCACCUGGUCCAAACCUGUUGUGGUUGAUGCCAUGGCCAGUGCAGGUAAGGGACAGGGCAGGAGCAGAGGCUGCAGCCAGAGGAGCCACACGGCCGAAGGCUGGGUCAUCCCGAGCAUCACGGUGGUGCCGCUGCUCUGCGCAGGGCUGCUCCUGGGGCUGCGCUGCACCUUCCCCUCCCUCUACAGCAACGUGAAGCAGAAGCUCUGGCCGCCCGUCCCCGACCUGCACCGCGCACUGGGCGGCUUCCUCCGCGACAGCGGCAAGCACGGCCAGAACGCGCCGCCCGCGCGGUGGCAGCGCAAGGCCAAGGAGAGCGCCAGCCCCGCGCCCAGCCCCGCCACCGCCCCGUCGCCCAUGAAGCCGGCCAAUCGCUCCCACAGCUCCAGCAAGACGCCGUCCAAAACACCCGGUAAAUCUGGAUCCAAAAUCCAGAACACUCCAAGCAAGGCUGGAGGAGAUCGCUAUAUUCCCAACCGUAGCACUAUGCAGAUGGAGAUGGCCAAUUUCCUCCUAACCAAAGAGAAUGACCCUGCUGAGGAGUCACCUACCAAGAAGGAGCAACAGAAAGCCUGGGCAGUGAAUCUGAAUGGUUUUGAUAUAGAAGAGACAAAGAUCCUCCGCCUCAGUGGAAAGCCACAGAAUGCUCCUGAAGGCUAUCAGAACAGCCUGAAAGUGCUCUACAGUCAGAAGCUGACACCAGGAUCCAGCAGGAAGAAUAGCAGAUAUAUUCCUUCAAUGCCAGAUCGGAUCCUGGACGCACCAGAGAUUCGCAAUGACUACUAUUUGAAUCUCAUUGACUGGAGCUCUCAGAACUUCCUGGCAGUGGCUCUGGACAACUCUGUCUAUCUAUGGAAUGACGUCUCUGGGGAGAUAAUCCAGCUGUUGCAGAUGGACCACCCAGAUGAUUAUGUUUCUUCUGUGUCAUGGAUUAAAGAAGGAAACUACCUUGCUGUUGGCACAAGUAAUGCUGAGGUCCAGCUAUGGGACAUGCAUCAGCAGAAACGUCUCCGCAAUAUGACCAGUCAUUCUUCCCGUGUGGGGUCCCUCAGCUGGAACAGCUACAUCCUCUCCAGUGGGGCACGGACUGGCCACAUCCACCACCAUGAUGUCAGAGUGGCUGAGCAUCAUGUGGCCACACUUGCUGGCCACACACAAGAGGUGUGUGGACUCAAGUGGUCUCUAGAUGGCCGCUACCUGGCCAGUGGUGGCAAUGACAACCUGGUGAACAUCUGGCCAUCCACCCAGGGGGACAGUGGAGACUUUGCUCCCAUACAGACCUUCACUCAGCACCAGGGUGCAGUCAAGGCUGUGGCAUGGUGUCCAUGGCAGUCCAAUGUUCUUGCCACUGGAGGAGGGACUAGUGACAGACACAUCCGCAUCUGGAAUGUUUGUUCUGGCACCUGCCUCAGUGCUGUUGAUGCCCAUUCCCAGGUCUGUUCUAUCUUGUGGUCAACAAACUACAAGGAGUUGAUUUCAGGCCAUGGCUUUGCACAGAAUCAGCUGGUUGUAUGGAAGUAUCCAACGAUGGCCAAGGUUACUGAGCUGCGAGGUCACACUGCUAGAGUCCUGAACCUGACUAUGAGCCCUGAUGGUGCAACAGUGGCCUCAGCAGCUGCUGAUGAAACACUGCGGCUCUGGCGCUGUUUUGAGAUGGACCCUAUAAAGAAGAAGGAGAAAGAGAAGGCAAACAGUGCCAAAAGCAGCAUCAUUCACCAAGGAAUCCGAUGAGUGCAAAAGGCUGUUGUGGGGAGGGGGGAAAAUUUGGUUUACACACUGUUGUACAGUUUUUUUAAUGUUAAUAAACUGCUUCACUU